UGCACUGAAAACAGGUUUGACGUGCAAUAAAUUUGAAUCUCGCGGCAGAGCCGUUGCCACACACACAGCAAACAACAACAACUGUCAACCACCAUCACCAUGUCGUACCGCGACCUCAGGAACUUCACAGAGAUGCUGCGGACGCUGGAGUUUCCGCGUCUCGUGUCCAUCGACAACUUCAGGCAACCCAACUUCCCGCUCGUAGCAGAGAUCUUGAUUUGGAUCAUCCGCCGCAUCGAUGCCACUGCCACCAUCCCCACGGACGUUGAAGAUGAAACAGACCGUGUGCUCUUUGUCAAGGCUGUUGCACAAUUCAUGGCAACAAAGCUGCACCUGCGACUGAACACGAAGCGGUUGUAUGAGGCGGACGGCCACGCGGUGAAGGAGCUCAUCAAGGCAACGUCGCUCCUCUACAACGCCCUCAAAUCACAAAACGAAGAAGCACCACAGGGUGGAGAGAGCGGGCCGCCCGUCACGCUGUCAGACUUCAACCUCACAAGCAAGAUUGGCGAACUCAAGGUGAGAGCAGGAGCGGGUGUGCCGGCGUUCAUGGACGAGUAUGAGAAGUUGGAGGCGGAGUUGGCAAAGACAUACGAGACGUACAUUGAGAAGUUCCGCAACAUUUCGUAUCUCGAACAAGAGCUGGAGCAGCACAACCGCACAGAGCAGGACAAGCUCGAGGAAACGGAGCAGCAGCUGAAGCGCAUGCAGGCGAGGUUGCGAGAUGAGGAGAUGCGGAUGAUGCGUGGGUCUGACGAAACGUUUGGGCUCGGCGGCGAUAUGGACCACAGUGACGAGGAGACGGACAGCGACGCCGAUCUCGAGACGGAGCCGCGCGGCGUUGCGACGUACGGCAGCAUGCGUGGGGGCAUGGACAGCGACGAGGGGUCUGAUCUUUCUGAUUCGUUUGGCGACAUCGAUGAUGAUGAUGAUGACGACGACCUCGGCGGUCUUGGAGACGAUCUUGAUGAUGAUCAGUCGGACCUCUCCGAUGACGCGUUCUAAACACACACACACACACACACACACACACACACACACACACACACACACACACACACACACACACACACACA